AUGGAUCAAUUUAAUCAUUCGCAAAAUAUUGAAGAAGAAGAUGUUAUAUGUAUUUUUGAUAAAUAUGCUCACAACAACUAUGAAGAUGAUGAUAAUGUUGUUGAUGAUGAUUGUCUUGUCGUCGACAUUGAUCCCGAAUGUAUUUUUGACGAAUAUGCUCACAACAACUUUGAAGAUGCUGAAAAUGAUGGUGAUGAUGAUGAUGAUGAUGAAGUCGAUGAUAAAUACGACAGUCAAGGUGAGACAAUCAUCAUCAUCGAUGAUAAUGAUGAUGAUUGUCUUGUCUUCAACAUUGAUCCCGAAGAAAUGACUGAGCUGCUAGAGGCCUAUCCUGCGACAGCAGAUAUAUUAAAAAUUAUUCAAAUAAACAUGGAAAUUCCAGACGCAUCACAACCGCCUUCACCAUAAAUUAUAAUAAAACAAUUGAUUUUUAAAUUAAUGUAUUUAAUUUGUUUAAAAAUAGAUUUAAUUUUAGCAUGCAUAACUUUAGCACAUAUUAAGGCGGAGUACAUUUGCGCGCGCAUUCAAAAUAUGGUGGGGACUUUUGCGUGCACAACGAAUACUGUAGUGGGGGUAAAUUUGCGUGCGCAUUGAGAAAUGUGGUGGGGUUUACACAAUAAGUGGGGAGUUGCAGUAAUAUAAAGCGAUUUUUCAUAUAGCAUUAGGUCAUUCUUAUUUCAGGUUUUACAAUUAACAGUAAGUAUAAUCAGUUAUCUAUUUUAACAUUUCUUUUCUUUUACAGCUUUAUUUUCUUAGUUUCUAUUUCAGGUUUAUUUCUAAGUUUCCAUUUCAUCUUUAUUUUUUAAGUUUCUAUUUCAGGUUUAUUUUUUAAGUUUCUAUUUCUGGU